UUUUUAUUUUUUUUUAACAAUUGAGUUUCUAACUUUAGUAAGUUUCAAAUACAGACUACAAUUUGAAUGUCCAAACUCCAAACGCAGUGCUUACUCCCAUUUGGCAUAUGCAAAUGCCACACUUUUGUUACUUAAAGUUAAAUGUCAAUAAUACCUUAACCUCCACCGCUACGUCCUACGGUGUCACCAUUACUGGGAGUCGUAAAAUCACAGCAAAGCUUUGCAGUUAUUCACAACGUGUAUCUCUAUAUCUCUGCAAUUGCUAUCAUCUUCUCUCUCUUUUCCCUAUGUUUCUUUGAACACUAUUACAACUACAACAAUCUCUCUCGACACAACACAAAAACAUGGCAGAAAAUUCAUCCAAGGAAAACUUCAUUUGUUUACAUGGAGAUUUAGAGCUUCAUAUAAUUCAAGCACGUCAUUUACCCAACAUGGACUUAACUUCCGAGCGUAUUCGCCGUUGCUUCACCGCCUGUGAUGUCUGCCGGAAACCUCCUCCUGACGACGACUCCGCCGCCACCGACGGAAACGGCGCUGUUCCCAAUGUGAAAACCUCCGACCAAAAAAUCCACCACCGGAGGAUUAUAACUAGUGACCCAUACGUUACUGUGUGCGCUCCUCACACUGCUCUUGCCCGUACACGUGUUAUACCCAAUUCACAAAACCCUGUUUGGGAUGAGCAUUUCCAUAUCCACUUAGCACACCCAAUUGACUCUUUGGAGUUUCGUGUUAAAGAUGAUGAUGUUUUCGGUGCUCAAGUUAUGGGUAAAGUUACUAUUCUGGCCGAGAAAAUUGCCCCCGGUGAGGUCAUUGCCGGCUGGUUUCCCGUUAUUGGUGCUUCAGGUAAACCUCCAAAACCCAACACGGCUCUCCGGUUAAUGAUGAAAUUCGUUCCGUACGAUAAAAACCCAUUGUACAGAAGAGGAAUUGCUUCAGAUCCUCAGCAUUUAGGGGUAAGGCAUACGUAUUUUCCACUGAGAAAAGGGAGUUCAGUGAAGCUGUACCAAGAUGCUCAUGUUAGCGAUAACUUUAAGCUCCCAGAUAUACAGCUGGAAAACAAUACAGUUUUCGAACACAACAAAUGCUGGGAAGAUGUAUGUUAUGCAAUUUCAGAGGCUCAUCAUUUGGUUUACAUUGUUGGGUGGUCUGUUUUUCACAAAAUCAAGUUAAUUCGAGAGCCCACCAAGCCAUUGCCACGCGGCGGAGACUUGACACUUGGUGAAUUACUUAAGUAUAAGUCUCAAGAAGGGGUUCGGGUUCUUUUAUUAGUUUGGGAUGAUAAAACUUCCCAUGAUAAAUUCUUUAUUAACACGGCGGGAGUAAUGGGAACUCACGAUGAGGAGACCAGGAAGUUCUUUAAGCAUUCCUCUGUAAUAUGCGUUUUGUCACCACGUUAUGCUAGCAGUAAGCUCAGCCUUAUCAAGCAACAGGUAGUUGGAACCAUGUUUACACACCAUCAGAAGUGUGUACUGGUAGAUACACAGGCACCUGGUAAUAAUAGAAAAAUUACAGCAUUCUUAGGAGGUCUGGAUCUCUGUGAUGGUCGAUAUGAUACACCGGAACAUCGCUUAUUCCAUGAUCUUGACACUGUAUUUAAAGAUGACUUUCAUCAGCCUACAUUUCCUGCAGGGACCAAGGCUCCAAGGCAACCAUGGCAUGAUUUGCAUUGCAGAAUUGAUGGACCUGCUGUAUAUGACGUGCUUAUAAACUUUGCUCAGCGGUGGAGGAAAGCGACAAAGUGGAGGGAAUUCAAAUUUUUUAAGAAAACAAUGUCCCAUUGGCAUGAUGAUGCUAUGCUAAAAAUUGAGCGUAUCUCAUGGAUACUCAGCCCUGCUUUUGCUGUUUUAAAGGAAGGCACUACAAUCCCAGUGGAUGAUCCCAGAUUAUAUGUGUAUGGGGAAGAUCACUCAGAAAAUUGGCACGUACAGAUCUUCCGCUCCAUUGAUUCUGGUUCAGUGCAGGGCUUUCCCAAGAGAAUUGAUGCUGCGCAGGCGCAGAACCUUGUCUGCUCAAAAAAUCUGAUAGUAGAUAAAAGCAUUGAAGCCGCAUAUAUUCAGGCAAUAAGAUCAGCUCAGCAUUUCAUAUAUAUUGAAAAUCAGUAUUUUCUUGGAUCCUCAUACGCCUGGGAAUCGUACAAAGAUGCAGGAGCUGAUCAUCUGAUACCGAUAGAAUUGGCACUGAAAAUUACUAGUAAAAUUAGAGCCAGGGAGCGGUUUUGUGUAUAUGUUGUUGUGCCCAUGUGGCCUGAAGGGGACCCUAAGUCAAUCACUAUGCAGGAAAUACUCUUCUGGCAGAGCCAGACUAUACAGAUGAUGUAUCAAAUUAUUGCAACAGAGCUCAAGUCGAUGCAGCUUUUGGACUCACAUCCGCAAGAUUAUUUGAAUUUCUACUGCCUUGGUAACCGUGAAGAAAUUCCAGGCUCUAUCCCUCAACCUUCUGGUAAUGGUGAUAAGGUCUCAGACUCGUAUAAGUUUCAGCGUUUCAUGAUAUAUGUUCAUGCCAAAGGAAUGAUAGUGGAUGAUGAUUAUGUUAUAGUGGGCUCUGCCAACAUAAAUCAACGAUCUUUAGCUGGGUCAAAAGAUACAGAGAUAGCUAUGGGUGCCUACCAGCCUCAUUACGCAUGGACAGAAAAGCAAAGGCAUCCACGGGGAAAGAUCUACGGAUACAGAAUGUCCCUGUGGUCAGAGCACCUUGGGAGAAUAGAAGAAUGUUUCGAGGAACCAGAGGCGCUAACAUGUGUGAGGAGGGUGAAUGAGGUUGCUGAAGAAAACUGGAAGAGAUACACAGCUGAAAAUUUCAGUCAACUGCAAGGACAUCUUCUGAAGUAUCCAAUACAUGUGGGUGCGGAUGGGAAAAUAGGUCCAUUAUCAGGAUAUGAAAAUUUCCCAGACAUAGGGGGUAGAGUACUGGGAAAUCAUGCCCCUACUAUCCCAGAUGUUUUGACCACAUAAUCCUCAAGAAUUAUUACCAUGAUGACACUGUAAAAUAAUGUAGUAGUAUGUCAUUUUGUACCUGUUUGUACAUUUUUCUUUGUUGUAUUUUUGCUGAGUGUUAGGGAAGCUGUGUGUUUACUUACCUUGGGUGUCAGUUGUUUAUCAAGAAUUAUAGUAUUCGAGAUUUGUGCAAUUACAGAUGUUAAUUGUUUUGAUUCA